CUAAUUUUCUUUUAUCAACGUCCCACAAAUUCUCACAACCCUAACAAAACCCCAAAUCAUCAAAUUCCGGACAAACUAUGGAUUCCGAUUCGUCCAAUCCAGAACCGGACAGCCUCGUCUACCACCGGCCGAUCUAUAACGAUGACGACGAUCUCAGCAGAACCCAAAAGUUGAUAUUCCAUUUCCAUGUGGGUUACACUCUUGCUCCUGAAGUAGAUUCAGACGGAGAAGAUAUAGAUCUUCUCAACCCUGAAACUCAAAGCGUUGAUCAAACCCUUGAGUUUGAUAAAGAUUUGCUUUUCAAUGGAGACUGGGAGCAGAUACAAGUCAUCGUCUAUGACAUGAUUGAUUCGAUUAAUGCCCCUCGUUAUAGUGAGGUUGUUUGGAAACUCACUAAUGCCAUCUUUGACUUGAAGAAGCGUGAUGCCAACUUAAACGUGAAGGGGGUACAUGUAGACAUACAUGUUAUUGUGUGGUCGUUUCCUGAUGUGGAUGAUGAUGGUGUAGAUGUGAGACUUGCGGUGGCUCCGGCGAGCGAUGAGGCGGUGGUGCAACACUUGGAGACGGUGGUUGUUGAGAAGGAAAGCUGUUGUGUGAUAUGCAUGGAUAAGAUCCUAGUUGGGUCGGAUGUGGAGGCGGGUCGAAUGCCGUGUUCGCAUGUGUUUCACCGAACGUGUGGGGAGGAGUGGCUUAGGAGUAGUGGGAUAUGUCCUGUGUGUCGUGCCGUGUUCCCGUCCUAAGCGGUUUAAAAAGCCUUCUCUCUCCGUCUCAGCUAUGUUAAGUGUUUACUACUUUUCGUUUAUUACGUUUAUUUUUUAUGAUCAUUUAUGCAUGUAGU